ACGUUCCACGAUUGAAUGUAUCCUGAUUUAUCCUUGAAAUUCGCCGACUUCUUUAAUAAUGGAAAGCAGUCACGACGCGUGUUAUGCUUUUCUAAGUCCUUGGCAUAAGUCCGGAUCUCACAACACUGCCAGCAUUAAUGGUAGACACCAGGAAGAUCCGGACGGUUGGCACCUGACUUUCUGUUAUAAAGAUUCGACGCGGCUCGCGAACGGGACCCAUACCGCGUGCCACGGAUAUACCCCUGGAAAAAGACGUAUGGGAGCUGGUGAAAUCUACCCAUGCCGGUGUCAAGUCAGACUCUGUUUUGAGGAGAAACGGAAAAGCUGUGUGGCCGGCAGAGAAUGAAUUGGAGGCUGCUCCCGAAACUGGCUAUGGACAUCUGUGAGGACAUUUACAAGGAAAUACUGAGCUAUAUAUGAGCCAUAUUUGUGGAUUUACAAAUGAUCGAUGACAUUCGGGAUGUGAUAGAGUGUGGAAAAGUCCAUAUAAGUUCAACUACAUCGGAUCAGCCUAGAGCCAAAUUCCCAAUAACUAGUCACGUAACAAUAAUGC